GCUCCUCAGAGUUCCAAACAUUGAGAGCUAUAUAUAAGCUUCCUUCAAGAACACUACUAAUAAAAUCUUGAACAAACCUGAAAUUCAAGAAAGAAAAGAUGAAGGAACAAAGAAGACAAAGUGUAGUACUAGUGCCAUACCCAUUCCAGGGGCAUGUAACACCAAUGCUGCAGCUUGGAAGUAUCCUUCAUUCUCAAGGCUUUUCUGUCAUAGUUGCACAUACUGAAUACAAUGCUCCUAAUUACUCCAAUCAUCCUGAAUUCAUCUUCCAUUCUAUGGUCGACAGGUUACAGGGAAUUGACAUCUCAUUCCUGACUUUAGAGAACAUUUACGAUAUGAACGAGAAUUGCAAGGAUCCUCUCAGAAAUUACCUCGUUAAGAUGUUGGAAGAGGAAGAGGAAGAGAAUGUUCGAGGUGAUCAACUCUCCUGUAUCAUUUAUGAUAAUGUCAUGUUCUUCGUCGAUGAUGUGGUGACUCAGCUGAGGCUUCUUAGCAUUGUUUUGCGCACUUUUAGUGCUGCAUAUUUGAACUCUAUGCUCACCAUUCUUCAGCAACCAGAAAAAUAUCUUCCUUUUGAAGAUUCUCAGCUUUUGGAUCCGUUACCGGAGCUUCAUCCCCUGAGGUUUAAGGAUGUACCGUUUCCUGUCAUUGAUAAUGAUGUUCCAGAACCGCUACGAGAGUUCUGUAGAGCAAUGAGCAAUAUAGGAUCAUCUGUCGCGUCUAUUUGGAACACGAUGCAAGAUUUGGAGAAUUCAAUGUUGUUACACCUUCAGGAACAUUACAAGGUGCCUUUCUUUCCAAUAGGCCCUUUUCACAAAAUGGCGCCUUUGUCCUCAUCGACUAGCAUACUAGAAGAAGAUAGAAGUUGCAUCGAGUGGCUCGAUAAACAAGCUCCUAAUUCAGUUCUCUAUGUCAGCUUAGGUAGCCUAGUAAGAAUUGAUGACAAAGAGCUAAUUGAGACAGCUUGGGGAUUAGCUAACAGUGAGCAACCGUUCUUGUGGGUAAUCCGUCCGGGCUCUGUCUCGGGCUUUCAAUGGGCUGAGGCACUGCCGGAUGGUUUUGCCAAAAUGGUAGGAGAGAGAGGCCGGAUAGUGAAAUGGGCCCCACAAAAACAGGUGCUUGCACAUCCCGCGGUAGCAGGAUUUUUCACUCAUUGUGGUUGGAAUUCUAUACUUGAAAGUAUUUUGGAAGAAGUCCCUAUGAUAUGCAGGCCGCUUUUAGCUGACCAAUUUGUGAACGCAAGGUAUCUGAGCCAAAUAUAUAAGGUUGGGUUAGAAUUGGAGGUGAUCGAGAGAACCGUUAUAGAGAAAACAGUAAGAAAACUCAUGUUAAGUGAAGAAGGCAAAGAUUUGAAGAGAAGGGUAGUAGAGAUGAAACAAAACAUAGUUGCUGGUAUGCAGACGGACGGUUCUUCACAAAAGAAUCUGAAUGAUUUGGUAGACUUCAUUUCUUCCUUGCCCUCACGGCGCUCUCUGCCAACGCCUGUUGUUGGGGCAAUCGUGAACUCAAAUCAUAUACCAAGCAAAUGUAUCAUAGAGUCCUGAAGUUGGAAGAAUCCUCUUUUGGAACCUAUACAAGUGAAUCCCUCCUUUCUCGGUUGUAUUUGUUUUUAUCUCCAGUAUUCAAGUGCCUGCUUGCAGUAUGUUUACCAGAGGCAGAGAGUAACAUGUAAAGGUUAUUUCCUCUCUUUGAUCAUGAAUUGAUUUGAGUAAUGAAUAAGUGCUCGUUACUAAGA